AUGGCGACGUCCAAUGCAGUGGUAGUGGUCAGUGCGGGCGAUGUCGCCCUUCCGUCCCUGACGCCACAGUGCGUAGCAGAUGAAAUGCAAGUCGUGUCGGUGCUGCGGCAAGAACUACGCAACUCCCACGAGGACCACGACGGAACGGCGCAUGUGAAGCCGCCUGCCGAGCCGGCCUACCGCACGGUGGACGCGAAGGCGCUGCGCACCCUUAAAUUCCCAAGCUACCCUUUUAUUAUCUGUGAGGAGGCACCCUCAUCGUAUCAGGCUCCUAUCCCCUACAACCUGGAGGGCGUCGUUGAAGUCAUGCGGGAGCAGGUGCAGGAGCUGGAGUAUCACCUGCGGGACAAAGAAAAGACCCAAAGCGAGAUUAAGAAGCCUGCCUCCUCCUUCCCGUCAACUCGUGGAAAGAGGAGUAAGGAAGAAGGAAAACCGCCAAGUGAGGACCCGAUGCAGAUGUUUAUUGAUGUUGUUGGAAAUGAUGCAUGCUUCGCCGAUGUGUCGAGGGAAGUGUCAGUGGUGCGAUGGUACACACGCUGGGUUGCCUCCCACUCGCUCUGUGCACUGAAGGAGGCAGCGGAGCAGCUCGAGUACGUCCUGAGAGAAGGCGGCAUGCCGACCGAAGCUGAGAUGGAGGAGGCCAUGCGCCGCACAACAUUUGUGGAGGCGGUGAGCAGGCUGGAGAAGGACCGAAAUGCCGUUAUUGAGGCGGAACGGCGACGGAUGCGGUCCAGCACUUACACGUUUCGCGAACAGUUGCCAGCGUCUGCCAUCACCGCCGCGACGAGCUCCUUCCUAACACCGGAGGAGAAGUACAGCUACCAGGAAUACUACAACCAGUCCCAGCACACCCUUAUGCUGCUCAACCACGCCAUGCACGUGCACUACGCAUCGCGGGGCCGUGAACCAUCCCUUGUGUACUCGCGUGAGGGAUCUCUCACCAGCGGCAGCUCCAAACCAAGCUCCCUCUCCCUUGCCGUACGAGAGGCGGAUAUGGAAGAUGUUCGCCUUCUCUCAGAUACCGUCGUGCGGGCGCUGCGGAAGGAGCGUGACAGCAUCACGAAACUCCUCCAGAAGAUUCACGAGCGUCAAGAGAGCGGUGCCACGGUGGGAGUAACACGCGAGCAGUACGCGAAGAGUCGUAUGGCCGCGAUGGCGGUGUAUAAAUGUCUCUUGGAAGAUAUCGACAUGCUCCACACGCAGAUCGCGGUGGCGGCUGAAUUCCUCAUGGACUACGAUGGCUGGAUCGAGUUCCGCUGUGGCGCCAGUCACGAAGUGAUGGUGCAACAACUAGCCGACCGCACACAAGGGGCGACGGCGUCCUCGAAACCGCUCGCGUUGGAGUCACGAUCGGCGUUGAACAUCUCGCCUCCACGUGAUCGAUCUCUCUCCAGCUCGAACGUCAAUUCCUAUGGUCAGCUGCCACGUCAUGUGGAGGAGUUGUGCGAGGCGCUCAUGACACUCCUGCGACUUUCGACCUCGGGGAAGGGCGUCGACGGCACUAGCACCGUCCGCGAGACGAUCUACCGCCGCUGGAUGUGCCUCGCACUGCGCUACACGUGCCUGCAGGUCGUCGAAGGGCGAUGGCCUGCGGACGUUGUUCUUGCCGGUAUGGACGACAUCGCGAGUAGCCUGACUGUCCUUCUUUCAGAAUACAACUCCAACGUCGGUGCAGCGCAGUCUCAUGUGGCGGAGCUCAUCGGCGUCCUGCGGUGUUUUCUCAGCCUCGUCGCCGACGGGGCAGUGAGGCGCCGGGCGCAGCACGGAAAGCCGGCCGUGAACAACGGCGUCGUCUCAACACGCAAUCUCGAUAUACCGGUUGCCUUCCGCCUGGACAAGGAGAUCAAGACUAUGGAGAGUGCGGCUAAGAUAAGCGGCGAGGAUGAGGACGUGUGGGGCGCCAUCUUCGAUGCGCUGUGGUUUCAGGCUGACCCGACGUCCUGCUCCCAUGGAGGCUUCCUCAUGUCGCGAGACUUUGCCAUCGACACCAACAAAGGAUUCGGUUUCCUUCGACUGGAUGAGAUCAAACUCCCGGAGCGCAUACUCAAAACGCCGCCAGGGCAACGGCGAUCCCCUCUACUGUACCUCCAUUUACAGUAUGUCAUCCAACCUGCAGAUAUGUCACCAGCGCGUUCCUUGCCGCAGUUGAUGGAAGAUAAUAAAUCGUCUCUGAAGUCCACGUCCGUUGUGACGCGAUAUGGAUACACCAGGCGUGUGUUGUACAUUCUCUCAGUGCUAGAACAAAGGCAGCUUCUGCAAGAUUACGCGUGCCGUAUUGGAGAAGUGGACUUGGUCCCGCUCGAAAGCAUUGUGUACUUCUCGCGCCAGCGCGACGACGGCCGCAUGCCUGGUGACAAACCCAUUCAUUCUUACGAGUCUCUACCUCGAGGUGCUGGUAGCUCCUCGGCUAUCCCAGCCAAGUAUGUGACUGUCGUGGGACUUUUGCCACCGGCGGCAGUGCAGCUCAUGCGCUACAACUCCAUUCAUCCAGGCUCAACAUACCCUGUCUCCCACAAAGAAGGCUCAUCGCUCACCUCCCUUACUCUGCUUAUUGGGAAUAUGCUGCUCAGCAUCGCCUCGCGCGUGCCGCCUGUGCUGAGUGAGAUGUACCUGAUGGGCGAGACCACCCGCGAUCAAGGGAAGUGGGAGGUGAAGGACCACAAUGGGGAACCGUCUAGGAAAGGCUCUGCGGUUGCUGCAACGAAGAGCAGCAGGAGCAAGGGUGCAGAAAGCAAGGCGCUCGUUCAGCCCAUAUUGCGUACGCUUGACGACUACAUAUCCAGCGCGGCGUUUGAAAAGAUGAUAAAACUCGCCGACACCGAGAUGGGACAGCCGAACAACGGUAGCACUUCCACUCGCCGAAGUGCCUAG